AGGCAGUGGCAACGGCGGCGGCGAGAGGAUGAACAACAAGUUCGACGCAUUGAAAGAUGAUGACAGUGGGGACCAUGAUCAGAAUGAAGAAAACAGCACACAGAAAGAUGGUGAGAAGGAAAAAACGGAACGAGACAAGAGUCAGAGCAGCAGCAAGAGAAAGGCUGUUGUCCCUGGGCCGGCAGAACACCCCCUGCAGUAUAACUACACCUUCUGGUACUCCAGGAGAACCCCCGGCCGUCCCACCAGCUCACAGAGCUAUGAACAGAAUAUCAAACAGAUUGGCACCUUUGCCUCUGUGGAGCAGUUCUGGAGGUUUUAUAGCCACAUGGUACGUCCCGGGGACCUGACAGGCCACAGUGACUUCCAUCUCUUCAAAGAGGGAAUUAAACCCAUGUGGGAGGAUGAUGCAAAUAAAAAUGGUGGCAAGUGGAUUAUUCGGCUGCGGAAGGGCUUGGCAUCCCGUUGCUGGGAGAAUCUCAUCCUGGCCAUGUUGGGGGAGCAAUUCAUGGUUGGGGAGGAGAUCUGUGGGGCUGUAGUCUCUGUCCGGUUUCAGGAGGACAUUAUUUCCAUAUGGAAUAAGACUGCUAGCGACCAAGCCACCACAGCCCGAAUCCGGGAUACGCUUCGGCGAGUGCUUAACCUACCUCCCAACACCAUUAUGGAAUACAAAACCCACACCGACAGCAUCAAGGCCUGGGAGGAGUUUCAUGGCCUGGUGAACAGCAGCGGCCGCUGAUCGGACGCUCCCCCUCUGUCUCUCACACUCAGGGGACAAUUCAAGCUUUCGAAAUACAAAAAUUACAUUGUGAAAGUACACAAGCUGGCAAUAAUCCUUUUCUGUAUGUGUGUGUUGUCCGACAUGGAUGGGAGGUCUCCGGCUGGCCCUUCCAUCUGCUCACUGAAGGGCCGUCCCGGAGCCGUGUGCUCCCCUUUUGCACUCAUUCCUGGAGGACGGAUUCCGCUAGACACCCUCCAGCAUCGCUGACUUUAUAAAGCGGAAAAAACGGAAAACGUGACUUUGUAAUAGAAAAACUUUUUUUUUAACGGGGUUCUGUGGGGGGAGUUCAGCCUUUCGUUUUGCUGUGUGCUGUCGAGAUGCCUCCCGGGCACUCUGUCGUGCUCUCCUCUGCUGCACGAAGGGCAUCGUGACCACGUGUACAAGCUAGAGCUGUCAACUGAGAGUGAUCAGUAUUAUGAAUGUUUGUGCAUGCAGGAAAAGCUUUUUGUUGGAGAGUCCCAGAAUAGCUAUAAAUGCUCUCUUCUAGA